GCACAAUCGAAGUGUCAAUACCGUGCUCCGUAAGUGACCAGGAGGUACAGAUGUAGUUCAUGGUCUCUGUUCCUUGAUAGGAUUUUUCACUAGAUAUCUACUUACAUACUUAGGUUGAAACAGCUACACCUACAGCUCCGAUCGGUAGAUUCGAAUAAAAGAAAGAGAAGUGCAGUUCUUCCGCUGAACUGAGAAUACUCCCAUUUGGGAGCAGCGGCCUCGGACGAGUAGUGGCGCAACCGGCGGACGAGAAUGGUGGCGAAGAAUUCUCGGAAGAGUUGUGGUGCUACUGUAGGAACGAAAGCCUACAAUAUUUCAAGCAGUAUGCAGAUGUUGUCCACUCGUCGACGUGCUUUUGCCACGAGAAAGGCAACGCGAGAACCACCAGCUUCAAAAUCUUCUACUUCCAGAAAGAUGCUGGUACGCCUGGGACUGCUUUCCAGUGGUGCCGUGCACCAGAUGUUGGCAGUUGACGGUCUCUCAGUCGGCGUCGGUGUCCGAACUUCUAGCACAGCAAGAAGAAACAUGAAAACGGCCUUCAAGAGUACUAGACAGACGCCGACCGCGUCACCACAAGCGGCGGCAAUAUUGUCGACUAGUACGACGCCCAUUCCGGGAACGGAGGUAGUUGAAGUCGAUACGGGAAUUCUGCCACGUCGUUUAGCAGCUGAACUCGGCAAAGAAGACAGUUUUCCGAACUACGUGGGGCAACUGAUCACAAGCGGCAACUUGAUUACGGCUUGGUGGAUUAUCUUCUUGUACGUCAGAAUUUAACCAAUGCAUUGCGGCGAUUGGUCUAUUAUAUUCGAAGUAGAUUGUCUUCGAGUACAACUUCGUGUUCAUCUAAAAACUUUUUGUAAUUGUUCUACAAAAAUAAUUUUGAUUAAUCAUCGUGAUCGUGUCGUCAACAACAUGAGAACCAUUAACCAACCAAGAGCAAAGCCAAAGAUUCACUCGUCUUGAAGACAUCACACUGAUUCUCUUUGUCUAAUCCAACGACUGUCCGAACCAAGAGCAUCGAGUUCAUGCAGGACCAGAAGAUGCGGGACCACAUGAGCAGGCUGUUGCGCGAAGACGCUGCGUUUCUCAAUAUCGUUCGUCAUAAGCUCACUCCAUUCGUCACUGCUGCGCUGGCGAAAAUGCAAGGUCAAAUGGGCUUCGAGACCAUGAUCCGCACUGUCAGAGAAUCAGUUGCUUCGAAGGUACUUACUUAUUAUUCGUCUCCAAUUUCCUUAUCCUCUUUUUCACAUUACUUCUGUUCCUGCUGUUGUUGAUCUUCGAUCGCUUUAUGUAGAUGUACUUCUUCACCUAGCUCCUGCUGCGCAGCAGCAGCUAAGCGUCUACAUGAAAAUAACUAACUAGUUCGUUAAUAUCCGGUCCCAGUGGUCAUGUGCAUAUCCAAUUAAAAACUGCUCCUUAGUCCUAUUUUUAGGUGGCGAAUUCGACUGCAUUUCAAGGAGACAUUAUCGAUGUGCUUCAUGCGGUAAAACAGAAGAAUCAAGGUCAAGUUGUAGCGGCUGGAACGACAACAUUCAUGCAGAAGUCAGCGAUGAGAACGCGCGGUGGCUAUAUGCAACACUUGUCGCGACAACAUGGACGUAAAAUCGAUGUGGAUCUCGACGGUCCACAUGUUGAGAUGCUGACUAUGGACGAUGCUGUUCCAGGUCAAAUUGCACCAUCGCCUCUUUCGGUUGUAGAACGAUCGUGGAAGCCUACAACAAGUGGCGCUGCUAAAGCCAGCAAAGCAGGUGCAGCAGCACCUACGAAGAAGAUGAAGAAAGCAACGAAAAAGGAGCAGGAAAGUGCAAAGAAGCGGCUGGCGCUUGCGCUAGAUUCUUCGACCAAACAAAAAAGUCGUAGUGUAAAGAAGCAGGAACAACAAGCAGUGGAUGGGAGGAAAGCACCUUCAUCUAGUUCCGCUGAUACCAAUAAAAAGUCCUCUGCUAUGAAGGGUGGCAAGAACAUCAAGAGGGGAGAGAUCAGAGAUUCUGUAAUGAUGAGCAAGCACAAGAAUGCUGCAACAUCAGUUGACGCCAAGAAGACGAACAGCAAGAAAAAAGACAGCAAAUCGUCCUCUGCUUCCACCUCCGCCAAGAUGAUCAACAACGACAAGAAAAAGACCACAAAAUCGACUUCUGCUUCUUCUUCUUCGAAAACCAAGAGCACCAUCAAGAAGAAGGAACUUGCGAAAGCCAAAAGUCCGAUGUCUCCGUCAAUCCUCGAGAAAUCGAGCAGGGCCUUGACACUUUCGGUAGAGCAGGAAGCAGCAGCCUGCACGACCAGCAAGACAGCCGUAGCGGUCCUAGGUUCCAACGCCGUAGCUCAGAAGAAGCAGGAAACCAGCAAAGCCGAGAAGCGCCUGCACGAAACGGAGCAACAACUCGCACUACUGCGUCAGAAGAUUCUCAGGAGCGUGACGGAGUCCUUCAAGCGAAAGGCGCAACUGAAUGCGAAGCUGCUUCAUACGAGUACAAAGCACGAACAGCGAGCGGUCGGUCAGGAGGACAAGGAGACAGGAGUCGCUGCUGGAAGUGGCGCAGCAAAAUCCGACGAACAAGUCAAGAAGUCUUCCUCUUCUUCUUCUAGUAGCAGUAGCGAAGGAGAAGCCUUCUCGGCAUCUGCAUUGGCUGCUUCAGUGCAGGAAUCGAUGGACAAAUUAGUGCAGGGUCCGGGAGGAAAUUCCACUGUUGCAUCAGACACUUCCACUGGGCCAGUACCACUGUCCGGAACAGCUGACAUCACUUCUUUCGUGGAAGGCGUUCAGAAUGUACUCCUUGGAGCCCCAGACGAAGUCGCCAAAAAAGCCGGUAACGCUGUCGCAGAUUAUGGCCAAGGAUGGACUAAUAUUAAUACAUAGAUUACUCAAGUACAACUGAUGAAAGAAAUUAAGAUUGGGAAGAACGCGAUUACUUACAAGCUGAUCAUGAUUUUUUGAUGUUUAUUGUUGUUUUUGUACACCUUUUUAAUUCGAACUCGCUCUGUUUCUUUUGUAUUCCCACACCCUCUACGGCCUCUCGCUCGUGCUCCUUUCAUUGACCGGACACGCAAUACAACUGGCUCAACGACAUGGGCAAGGCAUUGGCAGAAAACCGCACAUUCACGCACACCUUAUACGAUAUCAUGCAAAAUGAUCAAGAAUUCUUAGACAAGCUUCUGGCAGAAGACGAAUACACAGAGUUCAUGAUCGGGGCAUUGAAGCGAAAGAUUGAGGAAAAUGUACUAGAAAUUUCCCACUUGGUUGAAGAUGAUUUGAAUGUAUUCGGCAACGUGUCUAAGGUUCCACUUUUUUGGUACUUUCAUCUUUGUUUUCACCAACGAGAACGAGGACGAAGAACAUCUUCAUGACACUUAUCAUGUUUGUUUUCGAUAGAUAGAAUUCUCAUAUUUUCUUCUUCACUCACCUCUACUGAGACCUGAGUCCACCUCAUCGUUCCCCAAUAUCCAGAUCUGCAACACCCGCACUGCCGCUGAUCGCAUCGCAGAUUUGUUGUCGGCGGGGACACCUGGCCUCUCAGCUAUGUUCUCUCAGUCGUCCUCAUCGGCACCUUCGUUGUUCUUGCAGCAGGGAUCCACGAGUGAAAAAUUGAGCGAGAUGGACGCGGAAGUGAAAACCGAAGCUGAUGCGGAGAAUGAGGCCGAAAAUGAAGCGGAAAAUGAGGCAGAGACGGAAACCGAAGCUGAUGCGGAGAAUGAGGCAGAGAAGGAAAUGGACGCCGAGUCGGAGGAAACGGACAGGAGUGAAGCUGAGGAGGAUCUGGAAGGUUCUGCGUCUGUGGAUGAUCAGGGGAGUGGCGCUGGUUCAUCUUCUACCGAGGACGAGCAUAGAAGUAGAAGUACCUCGUCUUCCAGCAAGAAUUAUGUAGUGAAGAAGCAAAGCAGCACUCGCGGCCACGCGCAACGCACAGCUAGUACAGCUGUGGGCGAAAAGAAGACAGGGAGCGCUGAGGAGAAGGCCGAUAGCGACCAAGGACGCGCGUUGAAGGGCGACGAGUACGGUGAUGAUACUCUCUUCAACUCCGGAGACGACGAGGACAUCCCGGAAAUGCGACAGAUCCAGCCGCGAAUGAACACAACGGCGUUCAACGUGAUGGGUGGCAGCAGCCUUCUCAACCUGCUCGCCCUCGACCAGCAACAGCAGGACGUGAGCAUCACGGGCGGCCAUCUCGUGGUCAGUUUGGACGAGCAGAGGCGUCUUCAGGCGGCGAUGAAUGGGGAUGACACGGGCUUGUCGAGCGCGUUCGAACACACCCUAGGAAUCGCUCUGCUACUCAACGAGGGCUUUUUGAAGACGGUAUUAUUGACGGAAAAACUACUCGUUUUUGUUUGUUGACCAUGACUAGGUCUAGAUGAAAUUGAAAAUAGUACUUACAAGUAAAUCAAGAACUACAUGAUCAGUAGUUUAUUCCACUACAAGUACAACUCCAUCAAAAGUUAUGAUCUCGAAGCCUUCUAGUUUUAGUUUUAAAUCUUAAAUUUAAUUGUAGCUCCUAAGUUGCACCUACAACAUCAAGAUUCAGGUAGUGAAAUACGCGCAAUUAAACGUACUGGAUCGACCGCUGGAGCUUGGUUUGCCUUACAGAGAGGACUUAGCCGAGGCAGUGGCCGCAAACGUGACGAUUCAGGGUAUGGCAGCAGGGAGGCUGAGCACGGGAAUCGUAGCCGGACUCGAUGGCUUGGUCGAUGAAAUCGUUUCCAAGUUUUUAGCGGAUGACGAAGUGCUGAUCAAUGUCACAUCCCGACUCGUCGGAUACAGCGACGCCGGUUCCCACUAAUGGGCUAGAGCCUCCGGAGGUGCUCGGUAAUAGGACAAUCGUGCGAGGGAGGAGUUUUGAUUUAGAACAUCUAGGUCUAGAUCUAGUAAGGAGUCAGAAAUCGAUUAGGAUGAGUAUUUUUGUAGGUUUCUAAUUAGAAUAACUUGAUCAUCAUGCCGUAGCCCUUAUAACCCAGUGAUCUGAAAUUGGUAGAUAGAAAUAAGGACAAACAUCUUCACCGAGCAAAACAUUGACAACGAGAACGAGGACAUUGACAAAAAGGUGCUAUGGGAGUCAUGGUGACGUUAAGAUAAACGACGCAACUCCUAGUCCAUCCCAAGGAUGCACUUCCUGUUAAGUAAGUUUUUGCGUUGUUUAUGUGGGAACUUUUACGCUUGUAUAGACGUACGAAGAAUUGACGAAACUGUUCCGUUAUUUAACUAUGCCUAUGGUCGAAGUGGAAAUCGAAAUGUCAAAACAAGAAAAACAAUAUUAACAUAGAUAUUCUUCCUUGCAUAGGUUUUCGAUGCUACAAAAGACUACUAGUUUCAUUAAUAAUCGACGUUGUGUCUGUACUAAGAUCGAUUUUGGACGACAGCAACUUGUUGUAUAGAAAAGUGAGAACAUGCACAGCGUUUCGAAGAUCUGGUAAAACCGUCUGUCACGACCACACCGACAUAAAAUUAUAAUGUAAGAUAGUCGUUUUGGUUUUAAUAUUCUAGGAAGCUAAAUGUGCAAAAGAAAAAACGCAUAUCGGAAUGUGAAUAUGUUGUCUUUCAACUUUGUACUACCAAGUAAGGAUCAAGAACAGAAGAGCGCAUCCAUGGAAAUGUCUUCCGAGUCAAGUAUCAAAAUCCUCCUCGAAGCAAAGCAGUCGUCACUUUUCUCGAGGACGACACAGCAGAACAAUCGGAACAACAUGCGCAGCAGCUGAUCACGUACAAGCUGC